GGAUAUGGAGCCCCCAACCCUUACACACAAUUUGCUACAAAACUUAUCUUCCUCCAAUAAGAUUUGUAGAAGACUUCAGUAACUCCACAAUAUUUGUCCGGAGCUCCUUGGCCUUCUCUGCGUUCUCUCCUUUUUCCACAUGUUCUUCUGCCACCUGGAGCCCCUUCAGCACCGACUGCAGGGCGUCUGCAUUCUUCACUGAGUCCAUCUGGUCUCUGUCUGCCCGGAUCUCCUCCACCCAGUCCAGGUACGCCUGAAGUAACCCGAGGUCAUCCACAAAGUUUGCAAUAAUCCAGAGUCCCGGUCGACAUUGCUCCAGCUCCCUCAACCUCCUCCUCCCCACCUCUCCGAUGUCAUUCCCAACAAUGCUGAUGGAGGAGAACAUAACCAGUGAUGUCCAGAUAGAGUUCCUCCACAGUGGUGUUGUGCUCCAAAGCGUUCCACAGCUCCAUAACCCCCUCCGGACCCCGGUGCAGGCACUGGCUUACUGACAACAUAGUCCCUGCAGUGUCUCUCCACCCAGACCUGCAGAUCUCUGCAGUAAUAAUCCUGCACCUCCCUCAGCACCUGCAGGAACUUUAGGCUGCUCUCCUCUGUGGCACACACCAUCUCUAGAGCCUGGGCCACGGCGUUGGAAGGUGACCUCUCCAGCAGAGACAGGUAGUGGGCCAAGGAAAGCACCUCAGCAUCAUGCAGCCAACGCAGCAAGGGUGCUGGGUGGUCGAGAGUCCAGUUCAGCAACAAGUCUCUCUGAGACCGGAGCAAUUGCUGAGCUGAGUUCAUGGCUUCAGAAAAUACUGUCGGGAGGAAUAAGAUAAAUACAUUACAAAAUGUCAUGCAUUCAGAAAUGACAAAUUCACAGUAUGAAAAAUUUAGUACAGUAAGGCUCAUUGAUUAAAAUGCUUACCUUAAAGAAAUAAUUUAUUAUGUUCUGUGUCACUUUACAUUUCGUCUACUUUUGCCUUUGCAGUCUUGAGUGUUUGCAGGAGAGCAGUUUGUGUUCUGUCUUAAAGUGGAGGGAGGCGGAGUGCUAUUGCUUGCUGUCGACAGCAAUUCAAAUAACCAUUCAAAGGGUCCAUAGUUCAACGUUCAAGUCUUUGUCCCUGCUUCUGAUUAUUCACUUUUGUUUGAUCAUGCUAAAACAUGCCAAUCCCCUGAAGUGACUUGGGAGUAACACAUAAAAGUGAAGAAAAAUAUCAAACUGUUAUUCAUUUUUUAUAACGUUGUGACUUCAGAAUCCAAUGUAAUGCUGAAAAACUGACUAUAACAGUCAGUUUGAGUAUAUAAAACAGAUUGACCAGCAGUUUAAACAUUCUUUUGUUGAAAUACAAAAGUUGUAGCUUGAAACUUUCCAGCUUGCCUCCAACUUCUUGCAUAACUGAGAUGACCUACAUACAUUAAUUGAUGUGAACAAUUAUGAAUCCGUGGCAGGCAGAAAUGUUAAUCAUUAAUCAGUUUCAUUCAACUUUCUAUGGAACUUUUAUCACUAUUACAUUUGCCACAUUGUAAGAUGUUUGGUUUGUGUAGACAAAAGGAAUCAGACAUAAACACAUGUAGUUGUUGGAGCCUUUGAGGAAAUGGCCAACAGCAUGAGAGUGACUCACACCCUUUGUCAUGUGUUGUCUCACAGAUACUUGCUGAGGUCUUUUUUCCCCAAACAAUUCCUAGUUCCACCACUUAAAUACGUAUUUGAAUCUUUUGACAUGCUUAAAUAAUUGUUAAGUUGUAAACCUACCAUUGCUGAUUGCAAAAUUAGCUCAGUGGUAUGUAUGUAAUCAAUGUAUGUAAUACUCAAAGAUACUGGAUAUUGGAAGAAUAAGAGGAAGCAUUAAAGUGAAGUCAUAGUACAAGGAGCACAAUGAAACACUCCAACUUCCCCCUCUUUGCCCCUCUCUUCAUCCUCACCUCUGUCUGUGCUGGCAGAGCAGGGUUGCAGUCAUGCAUGUGGACACUGUCUUUCUUGUGUGUCCUCUGAUUUUUGCUGCAGCCCUGUGGAGGAGGGUCCAGGCUGUCUCCCCUGUGCCCUCAGUCCCAGACCAUGUCCAAGCCCUGGUGGGCUCCUGUGUGGUGAUUCCCUGUUCUUUCACUCCUCUAGCUCCUCAUACUCUCCGGGGGAGGAAGGAGAGGGUGGAUGUACGUCUGCGGUUCAGAGGUGGUGGUCGCUUCUUCCCUCUCCGCAGCACCGCUUUUAACAGCGAGGACAGAGAUCAAGUGAGCCGGGAUUUCCAAGGCCGGACGUCCCUCUUUGGGAAAAUCCCAGAUGGAGACUGCUCAGUGAAGAUCGAAAGGAUCAGCCAGGAUGACUCACGGGAGUUUGAGAUCGCUCUGAAGAGAGGUGAUGACUUACUUUGGGGGCGGCCAGUGAGCUUCAAUCUGGAUGUUGUGGACACCCCUGAGGCUCCUGUCAUCAGCGGCAUGUUGUCAGCCACAGAGGGACAGCUGGUCACCCUAAACUGCUCCGUCAGCUUUCACUGCCCCUCCAGACCUCCAUCCCUGCGGUGGAGCUGGGAGAGGGGAGCCCAGCUGAACAGCACUAGGCCAGGGGAGGUACAGACACUCCACCCAGAGCCCCACAGGCCAAUGUUACUGGCCUCUCUGUCCUUUACUGUGUCUCACCAGGUGAAACCCAGGCUCAAAUGUGAAGUCAGUUACCCAGGAGCCAAAGCAUUGGCCAUUUCGAAGGAUCUGCAUGUGACAUUUUCCCCAAAAGAUGUAACGGUUCAGGUCCAGUCCUUGAUAGUGCAGGAGGGGGGCAGCGCCUUGUUGGUCUGCUCAUGUAAAGCUGACCCUCCGGUGUCUCAGUACCGCUGGUCCUACAGUCAACACGGCCGCACGGUGCACCUCCACCAGCGCACACACGCAGUCCGGCUGUUCAACGUGACCCGAGACAUGAGGGUCCGCUGCUCGGCACAGAACCUGAUUGGUCGAGGAGAGUCCCGGCCCACGCUGCUGAACAUACAAUAUAAACCAAUCAUUCUCCGGCUGUCCUCCAUCUGUGUUGUGGAGGAUCAGAAGGUGCUGUGUCACUGUUCAGUCAACUCCAACCCCAAACCAGCAGUUACCUGGAGCGUGAAUGGAACUAUCCCACCUCGUGAUUACAACGUGUCGGUAACAUCUGAGCCCGACACGCUAACAGCUACUCUGAGGGGCCGCAUGGACAAACCUCAGACUGUGAUCUGCUUUGCUUUCAACGCAAUGGGAAAUGACUCCCUGGUGUUGCUGCAGGGAGGUGAAGAGAUGGCACCUUUAUUGUGGAUGGUGAUACCUGCUGUGUCCAUUUGUCUGGUCGUAUUCCUUCUGUCUCUUUUUUUCUACUGCUGCCGAAAGAGAGCUGGAAAACAUGUCCUGAGUAGACGCCCAGCCGUGUACCCUGGAGGAUUGGGAAUUUAUCAGGAUCGGAUGCCCCUCUACGUUAACUGCACAGAAGUCACCCAUAUCUACACCAACGGCAGUUACCAACUUGUAUACCAGAACUGCACACCUCUUUUUGUCCAUACUAAGCAGAUCCGUCCAAUUGGCAGACGAGGUGGGGAGAGAAGAAGAAGAGAUGGAGAGGGUGGAGGAAUAGACAGACGAGCGGCUUUGGGAGUCAGAGGCACGAGAGAGGUGCAGAGCUCGGCUGUGGGCGACGCAGAGACGGCCAUAUACUUGGAGAUCCUCUGAGCCCACUGUUCUACUGCUACAUUAAACUUACAUUAGACUUCAGAUUCUUUCUCACACUGAUGGUAAUGCAUAGUUAAUGUAACUUCCAGUUAUUGUAUAUAUUGUACAUGCAUUAUGUGAUCUCUUGAAUAACUACUGGUGGUCUGUCACUCUCCACAUUUCCAUAUUAAGUAAUUUCUAUUUCUGUUCGCAUUUAACCUUCCUCUGUGCUCUUUUUUUUGUUUUUUUCAAACAUGUAAAGGUUUGAUAAGAGUUUUUCAUCUUGUGUCUAUUCUACAACCCACGCAAUCACUCAAAUUUGAUUUGGUCUUACCAGUCUACUGCUGCUCCAAACACAUUUUCAACAACAGCUGCAGCAUGUCUAACACAAAGUGAUCCUCAGACGGUGUUUUAAACACAGGAAGUGUAUCACAGUGCUCAUGAGAGAAUAUGUCAUGUCAUUUCAGGAAAAGCACAGCUCUAAUGAUAUAUAUAUAUAAUAAUAAUACUACUACUACUACUACUAAUAAUAAUAAUAAUCAUAAUAAUCAUAAUAAUCAUAAUAAUAAGCAUCCCAGUAAAUUUGAACUUUUUAGUAGUUUUUCACACAAAAUGCCACAAGCAAAUGUUUACAGAAGUGAUAUUUACUGUGACUGCAGAGGAAGAAAAAAAAUAUUAAAGAAAGAAAAAAUACUGGGAAUCAACCCACAAAGUCCAUCUAAAAGCCACUACAAUCAAUAUAUAAAUGAUUGCAGUCUAACUUCCACAUCCAUUUACAUAUAUAAUUCAACUGUUUAAUUAGAUGUUUAAAUGUUUCGUUGUUAAGGGCAUUUACAUAGUUUGAGUUUAAGUUGUUUAAGUUUAAGUUGAGUUUUGAGUUUAAGUCUGUGCUUUAGGUGCACUGAUGUACUGAUGCAAAAAACAUUUAUGUACACUGGCAUAUUGUAGUCUAUAUAGCUUUCUUAUUUUGGUUUAUUUGGUUUAGUUUUUUUCUACUUACUCCUGUACUAAUUCUACAUAUGUAUACAUGAAGAUGUACCUUUCCUAUUUGUUUUUCAUUUGCUUUGUUUUUAUUGUCUUUAUCUGGUUUGUGUUUGGUGCUUCUAUAUGACACCCACUAGGGAUGAAUACAGUGUUAUCUGAUUUCUAGAAAUAAAAGAUUAGAGAACGCUGCUGUUUAA